GCUGUACAGAAUAGAAGAAUGGCACUAUUUGAUCCCUAUGUUAAAAAAAAAUCUACACUUGAAGGCUCCGGAUAUUCAAUCGGAAUUAAAGUGUAAGAGCAGGAAGCCAAUACCACAGACAAGCCUCCAACAGCGCUGUUAAGUUUGGUACGUUCACUGACCCGCAGCACGGCUGCCUUUUCCAAAACGUCGUCUGCGUCACUGUUGCGCGCGCGCGCGGAGCUCCCUGGCCAAUCUCGCGCCACUUUGGAGCUCGAGCGUGACUGUAACGUUUGGAGGCAGAAAGGAGCCGCAGUCUUUCCUUAUACAGUAAACUUCAUCAGCUGCGCGUGUGCAUAUAAAAGGCACACGUCCUCCUCUAGCUGUUCCUUUUCACAGGGUUUAUCACAGCAUCAGACUGGAGUGACUCAGACUGGACGUCGAAGCAGCGCGUGGGCAUUUCUUAUCUAGCACCGGUCCGCAAAGUGCGAUGAUUUAAAUGAAACUGGAUUUUGCAAGGGUUUUUGUGCACCAGCUUGUCGUGCAUAAGAGAAUGUAGACUCUGUGAUACUGCCGUUGCUUUUUGGGGAUCUGUAAGCUUAAAAGCUCCAUCAUUUCUCUCCUUCUCUCUUCUGAGUCACAUCAUCACACUAAAUGAAUAAGCGAGAAAAGCAAGAUCAGAUGCUUUAUAUGUACUGGGCGAUUUUUUUUUUUUUGGAAUUUGUAACCCAUUGUUUGAACAUAGUUUCAUCACAGUGAGGAAUUUGGCUGAGUCUGCUUUUUGACAAAAAAGGAUAUAGACUUGGGGCCUCAGCGGGCUUGAUUUAUCCGCCCAGAACCAGUCGUGAACAGCUAGCAUGGAAAGUGGCUGUGUAGACAGGACGUGACCUGGUGAACAGUGUGCGCCGAAGAUGUCGCUUUGCAAUGCAUAGUGCUUGAUGACGGAGCUCUUGCCAUGCGAAGAACCACUGGACGCUUUGAGAAUCCUACAUUCCGAAGGUGCAAACUCUCGGCUUUGAGCGUGCUCAGUCAAAGGAUAUAGCGGAUAUAAAACCGGCACCGGAGCUUUGUAGCACUGUGGGGAGGGAAGGGGAACUAGUGAACUAUGCUCGGUCGGCCCUGGAGUGCCAUGCAGUCACGGCUGGAUAUGGGCGCCGGCUUGGAGCUGCCCUCCCUACUGUGGGUGCUGGCCUUGGCGCUCCAGACUUGGGUGGGUGCUGCGGAGAAGCUGGACGAGUUGGAUCCUGUGGUGACCACUGCAUAUGGCAAGCUGAGGGGCUUCAAGAAAGAACUCAACAACGAGAUUCUGGGGCCUGUGAUCCAGUUUCUGGGCGUGCCCUACGCGGCACCUCCUACAGGGGAGAGGCGAUUUCAGCCCCCCGAGCCGCCCACGCCCUGGAACGACGUCCGCAAUGCCACACACUUUGGCCCAGUGUGCCCACAGAGCGUUGUGGAGGGCAGGUUGCCUGAUGUCAUGCUGCCCGUAUGGUUCACCAACGGCCUGGAGGUGGUUUCGACCUUCGUGCAGGAGCAGAGCGAAGACUGUCUUUUCCUUAAUAUUUACGUGCCCACAGAGGAUGUAAAAAGAAUAUCCAAGGAAUGUGCCAGGAAACCGGGCAAGAAAAUAUGUAGAAAAGGAGGUCCUCUUACAAAGAAACAGAAUGAUGAUUUAGGUGAUAAUGACGGUGCAGAGGAUGAAGACAUCCGUGAGAGUGGAAGUCCCAAGCCAGUGAUGGUUUUCAUUCAUGGUGGAUCUUAUAUGGAAGGAACAGGAAAUAUGUUUGAUGGCAGCAUUUUGGCCAGUUAUGGCAAUGUCAUUGUCAUAACCGUGAACUACCGGCUUGGUGUGUUAGGUUUUUUAAGCACAGGAGACCAGGCGGCCAAAGGCAACUACGGGCUCUUAGAUCAAAUCCAAGCUCUGCGCUGGACUAGUGAAAACAUUGCCUUCUUUGGUGGUGACCCUUUACGCAUUACAGUUUUUGGAUCUGGUGCCGGAGCAUCAUGUGUAAACCUCCUCACACUGUCCCAUUACUCUGAAGGUAACCGCUGGAGCAAUUCAACAAAAGGCUUGUUCCAGAGAGCCAUAGCUCAGAGUGGCACGGCUCUGUCCAGCUGGGCAGUGAGCUUCCAACCAGCUAAAUACGCACGCAUGCUGGCCCGAAAGGUGGGAUGCGACUAUCAGGACACAAUGGAACUAGUCGAGUGCCUGCAGAAGAAAGACUACAAGGAGUUGGUGGAGCAGGACAUCCAGCCAGCCCGUUACCAUAUUGCCUUUGGCCCAGUCAUUGACGGCGACGUGAUCCCGGAUGACCCGCAGAUUCUCAUGGAGCAGGGCGAGUUCCUCAACUACGAUAUCAUGUUGGGUGUAAACCAGGGUGAAGGUCUCAAAUUUGUCGAGCUGGUGGUGGACGGAGACAGCGGUGUCCAGGCCAAUGACUUUGACUAUGCAGUGUCCAGCUUUGUGGAUGAUUUAUAUGGCUAUCCUGAGGGCAAGGAUGUGCUGCGUGAGACCAUCAAGUUCAUGUACACAGACUGGGCCGACCGCCACAAUCCAGAAACCCGAAGGAAAACGUUGUUGGCUCUUUUCACAGACCACCAGUGGGUAGCACCCGCUGUGGCCACGGCUGACCUGCACUCCAGCUUCGGAUCGCCCACUUACUUUUAUGCUUUCUACCACCACUGCCAGACGGAGCAGGUGCCAGCGUGGGCAGAUGCAGCUCAUGGAGAUGAGAUCCCUUAUGUCUUUGGCCUGCCGAUGAUCGGCCCCACUGAGCUCUUUCCUUGCAACUUUUCCAAGAAUGAUGUGAUGCUCAGUGCUGUGGUCAUGACGUACUGGACCAACUUUGCUAAGACGGGUGACCCCAACCAACCAGUGCCACAGGACACCAAGUUCAUACACACCAAACCCAACCGCUUUGAGGAGGUGGCAUGGACAAGGUACAACCAGAAGGAGCAGCUUUAUCUGCACAUUGGCUUGAAACCUCGUGUUAAGGAGCACUACCGUGCCAACAAAGUCAACCUGUGGCUCGAGCUAGUCCCACAUUUACACACCCUCAACGAGAUCACACAAGUCGUCUCAUCCACAAGCACCACCACCAAGGUGCCUGCGCCAGACGAGACACCAAGGAGUCCCAAGAAGAUGCCAGCCAGCACCAAGAGGCCCUUCCCCACACCUUUUCCCACUGAGAUAAAGGAUACAAGCCAAAUCCCGAACCACAACCAACCGUUUUUCGUGGAGCAGCGUGACUACUCGACUGAGCUAAGCGUCACCAUUGCCGUUGGAGCUUCCUUGCUCUUUCUCAACAUACUGGCCUUUGCUGCACUCUACUACAAGAAGGACAAGAGACGGCAGGAUGGACAUCGGCGAGGAAGCCCUCAGCGUGCCAAUGCCACCAGUCAACUGGCACCCGUACCCGACGAGGAGCUCAUGUCACUGCAGAUGAAGCGUGGAGAGCUAGAGCGUGAGUGCCCACUUGUCCUGAGGAGCAGCUGUCCGCCUGACUACACCUUAGCCAUGCGUCGCUCACCAGACGAUGUACCACUCAUGAGCGCCAACACCAUCACCGUCUUGCCCAGCACCAUGCCCAGCGCUCUUGGACCAUUGCAUCCAUUCAACAGCUAUGCGGGAGUGCAGCACAACAACACACUGCCCCACCCACAUCCCCAUUCGCACUCCACAACUAGAGUAUAGCCACACAUGUGCACACAUAUACUCAAAGGAUUUAGGUUUCGGUGAAGCAUAUCUAUGCUUUUACCGUUUUGCAUAACAUGGAAUACACCGUGACGUUUCUUUUGUCUCCAUUCGGAGGAAAAUGACCAUUUUAUAAUAGAAAUGUAAAAUGAGGAGAAAAUUGCUAAACUCUUUCAGAUUUAAUAAAAAAUAAACAGAGAUGGAUGAUUUUUUUUUAUCCUGGUAUCAUAGACAAUGCCUGGUCUAUUUCCUGACAUAGAAGUAUCACAAGUUGGUUUGAAAGAAUGGUUUGAUUCAGUUACAGUUCAGAAGCUGUGGAAAAGAGGGCACGUUGAAGGCCCUGUGUAAAUGAAAGAAAUAUAUUGUUUUCCAGAGGCACUCGAUUGUCGAGUACUCUCUCUGGAGUGGACAGGAGAUGCUGCUUACUUAAUUUAGGCAUGUGUUCUCCUAUAGACGGAGGCAUUGUAAGAUACAGAAUUACACAUUGCUGGAAAAAGAGGGGUGGACAAGAACUUCUCAAGAAUAUGCACAAUGUCUUGGAAUCUUUUUUUUUCUGGAUUUAUUUUUGGGAACAAUUUUAUUGUAUAGAAUCUAUUUACAUAUCUAGAUAUGUACGCAAAGCUGUUUAAGCUCUGACUCUGGGGCAUCAGUACUGGAGAAUCUGCCAGCAGUACAUCGAGUGGGGUGGGAACGUCACUGGUUUUCUGGCAGAUACGGCUUCAUCACACAAGUGCUGUCUGUAUGGAGAACUGGAGGACAAAAUAUGGGAAGCUGGAUAUUUUUUAGCACGAAGCGCAUGACAAUUUAUCUGCUUGGUGGCUGUUCUGCUGAUUAAGUCUUUAUUAAAAAAAAUAUAUUCCCAUUGGAUCUGUUUGAGGAAAUACUACUCUGAUUGGCUCAGAAUUCUACCAAAAUCGGAAUACGUUGACGUGGACAAAGGCAACACUUCCCGAUCGGAGAUGGGAAACUGAAAAGCGUGGGGGAUGGGGCAGGGACACAAUGCUACUUAGAGUGCAUUCACAAAUAGAUUGAGUGAACGUGGUUAUAAGGACUAGUUUUGUACAAUGUGUCUUGGUAAAACUUUUUAAUAGUGGUGAGUCACUUGCUGUUUGAGAUCCCGUUUGUGGGAUAAUCAUGGUAUUUUUUUAUUUUUCUCUUCUUUAAUUUGCUUGUUUGGGGUUGCUGUAUUACAUUAAGUUUAUUUAUUUUUAUUUGACCACUUAUAAGCUUCAUCAUGUGAUUCAUUUAUUUGCCAUACUUAAAUCAGGAAGUCCCCUGCAUAACAGAAGCCCCAAGAAAUGAAGUUGCUGGGAAUCAUUCUGCAUAACUUUAGUUCUCCGGAUUGUGAUUGGUUGCAUUGAUUUUCUUUUGCUCGUACUCUUUUAUUGAGUCCCCUGCUGUAGCCCUACUUAAAGAUGAAUGCUUAUAAAUUUUUCCCUGAUGCAGGGAGGCUCUGCUGACAGUGUAGAUUUGAAGGCCCUCUCAUCUUCUUUUGCCCGCAUCUGAUCACAGCAGGUGCUGAGGUGGCGGUGGGAAAAAAAAAAAUAAAUAAAAAGGAAAAAAAAAAUUAACUGAACUUUACUAGUAGAGGAUCAGUUUCCACACUAUAUCAGUAUCAUUGGAAACGCCUUUAAAUUCAUUGCCCAUGUUGAUUAGCAUGUCUGUCAUAUUUUUGGCUGUACUUCAGUCAUUGCUGGCAUUCUUAGAUAGAUGUGUUUUUAAUUUUAUUAUUUUUUUUUUCAAAACAAGACGAACUUCUAGGUUCUUCUAGUCAGCAGUUCUCCACAGGAAAUCAGUAUUUAGUUUGCCCCUAUGCAGCUUCUCCACAUAAACAUGUUAUAGCACUGUGGAGAACCGGGUAACCUGUCUAAAAUUCAGCUUUGCUUCAGUCUCUUUUGUCACUCCAAAUUUCCCUCUAUGUGUGCGUAUAAAUAGAGAAGGAGGUUGAAGAAACGUCUGACUCUCUGCGUCCUAUCUAAUCCGGUUGAUCACUGGCGGUGGGCGGUAUGACAGCUGAUCCCAUAAAUCAGCUGUAGUUCUUAUUAAAGUUCAGAACUCCUUUACACAACGACACAACAUAUUACCCUACAUUCACACUGCGACAAAUCAACAAGCGACUGUUUGCUCUUUACAUGCAUGACAUGGAGCCACAAUUUGUACAAGUGACAUUUGCAUUGAGAUUUUUUGAACUAUGCAAAUUGUGUACAAUGUGGUAAAGCGUUUUAUCCAAGCUUAUCGAUUCGAAUGAUUUCCUACGGCACAUAUGGUCUGAAAUAUCUUAGGUUCUGACAGCAGUUACUGUCACAUGCAAAAAUGGAAGAAAACCCCAUUGCCAUAGUUUCAUGUUAUCCUGUCAUAUACAGUACAGCUGCUUAUUAAAUGUGUAGAGAAAAACAAAGUUAUGAACAGAUGUUCCUAGUAGCAAAGAUCAUGCAGUUAUUGUACAAAGCUGGGCGAAGCCAGUCAGUGAUCAAAUUCUUUAUCAGAUCUUAAAGAGACAAAAAUACUGUCAAAUUAUGUUCAUAUUGUUGACAACCUGCUGUGUAACUGGCUUUAGUGCCGAUUCUAAGCAGCUCAAAAUCUUAAAAAUAACAGCUACAGUGUUCAAACAAUGUUUGACUGACUUCCUAAAUUCCUUUAGUUUGUCUUUGCAUAUUCAGCUUUACAUAGGAUUUACAUGUAAAGGUCGUUUGGCUUUCUAAUUUUUUUCAAGGAACAGGAAGCCAAAGAAUAUCAAACAUAUCAGUUAAUAACAUGAACCAUUGGCUUAUUCCAUGAAACACGUUGAUCUCAAUCAUUUUACACCAGACCAUCAUAUCAUUGUUUGCUCAUACAUACCGCCCACUCGUCCUCCCCACCACACACUUUCACAAUUAACCUCAACGUAUUCGAAAUUUGAGAGCCCUAUGACUAAUAUGGUGCCAGUGAGGAGUGAUUAAUUAAAGUGCUUGUGAGUUCAGAGAGAUAUGGGUUAUUCAGAAAAGUCACAGUGACACACAGGCACACUGCCAGUGAGAGGAUGGGGUGGGGGGUGGGGGUGUUUGAUAAGGACAAAGGACUUAACAAAAAAAAAUUUAACAGAAAAUUAUAUAGUUGUCCCAGAACCCUGCUGACCUGUGACACAGCAAAGGUCCCAAACAAGAUGUUCCUUUCUACAACAUGGACUCAGCCGGCCUGCUGCAUUCCUGUCCACUCCGUUCCUGCUGAGCAGCACAGUAAAUACAGUGCAGGAUAAGCUGGAGCAUUAACUAAAGCCCAUCACACAGCUACACUCUCUCAAUCAAUACAGGUAUGUAUAUGCAAAGAAGCCCUGCCCCAACUUCCCUUCCAAACGAGACUCCCUUUGAGCGACGUUCAAAUUUAAUGAGCUGUUCAUAGGAGGGCUCCUUUGAGGAUUUGUCCCAUAUAUUUGCAUGUAGGACCAAGGUGAGAGCUGGGAAACAUCAGUUACAGAUGAGAGCUGCAGGGCUCGAUCUCACACACCAUCAACAGGAUGAGCCUCAUGACUGAAUGUAUUACAACAUCGAGUGCCAUUUAAUUUUUUUUUUGUCUUUCUUUUUCCCUUUUGUUCUAUCUAAGCUUCAAAGGGAUGAUCAGAAUGCCUGUUCAUGGGAACCAUAUCAGAGGGCAGUUGUAAUGUAGAUUAUUUGUCAUUCUGUCUUUAUUUCUGGUUAAAUAGGACUUACUCUUCUGGAGCACAAUAAAUGAUUUUAUU